CAACCAUGACAUCUUUAACUUCCGCUAAAUUAUGCUUCAUGCCUUAUUGCCUUGUCAUCUUCUUGUAUGUUUCAUCACCAAAUUGGGUUGCUUUUCCUUCUGCUACUUCUACUUCUGAUACUGAAGCAAAGGCUCUUCUCAAAUGGAAAGCCAGCUUAUUUCCAAAUCAAGCCCUCAAUAACCUCACCUGGUAUGACCCUCCCACUUAUAAUAUUAAUGUCACCAAUUCUUCCAGCAGCAACCCAAAACCAAGAACAAGCCUAUGCACUUGGACUGGUGUUUCAUGCAACGCAGCUGGAAGUGUCAGCAAGCUAAACCUUUCCACUUGUGGUAUUCAAGGUACGCUACAUGAGUUUUCAUUCUUGUCCUUCCCUAAUCUUGAAUAUCUUGACCUCAGCUUGAACAAACUCUUUGAUGCCAUUCCACCUCAAAUCAGCUACCUCUCCAAACUCCACCAUCUUGAUCUCUCUCAGAAUAACUUGUCUGGGAGAAUUCCACCAGAAAUCGGUCUUCCAAUAAAUCUUAGGUUUCUUCGUCUCUCUGUAAAUACUUUCUUGGGGGAAAUUCCUAAAGAGAUAGGCAACCUGAAAUCUCUUGUAUAUCUAAGGUUGUCUUACAACACUUUAAAUGGUCUCAUCCCUCCAAAUAUUGGUAACUUAAUAAAGCUAAACAGUUUCUACUUGCAUUCCAAUCAACUUUUUGGUUUGAUUCCCAAGGAGAUAAGGAACUUGAAAUCUCUUGUAGAUCUAAAGUUGUCUGGCAACAAUUUAAGUGGUCACAUCCCUCCAAAUAUUGGUAACUUAAUAAACCUAAACACUUUGUACUUGUAUUCCAAUCAACUUUCUGGUUUGAUUCCCAAGGAGAUAGGGAACUUGAAAUCUCUUGUAGAUCUCGAGUUGUCCUUCAAAAAUUUAAGUGGUCGCAUCCCUCCAAAUAUUGGUAACUUAAUAAAGCUAAAGACUUUGUUCAUGGAUGGCAAUCAACUUUCUGGUUUGAUUCCCAAGGAGAUAUGGAACUUGAAAUCUCUUGUAAAUCUAUCAUUGACCUACAACAAUUUAAGUGGUUUCAUCCAUCCAAAUAUUGGUAACUUAAUAAAGCUAAAGAUUUUGUACUUGGAUACAAAUCAACUUUCUGGUUCGAUUCCCAAUGAGAUAGGGAACUUCAAAUCUCUUGUAAAACUAGACUUGGGCUACAACAAUUUAAGUGGUCUCAUCCCUCCAAAUACUGGUAACUUAAUAAAGCUAAACAAUUUGCACUUGGAUUCCAAUCAACUUUCUGGUUUGAUUCCCAAGGAGAUAGGGAACUUGAAAUCUCUUUUAGAGCUAGAGUUGUCCUACAACAAUUUAAGUGGUCUCAUCCCACCUGAGAUUGGCAACGCAGUCCAAAUUCAGGUGUUGGACCUUUCUUCAAAUCAUUUAGUUGGGUUGAUCCCAAAAGAAUUCGGGAAGUUGUCUUCGUUGGUGAAUUUAAUGUUGAAUGGAAAUCAACUUUCAGGUCAUAUACCGUUGGAAUUCGGAUCAUUGAAUGAUCUUGAAUAUCUUGACUUGUCAACAAAUAAAUUCAGUGACUCAAUUCCCAGCAUUCUAGGUGACUUGCUCAAAUUAUACCAUCUAAAUUUGAGCAACAACAAGUUAUCUCAAGCAAUUCCAUUUAAGUUGGGGAAGUUAUUUCAAUUGAAUGACCUGGAUUUAAGUCAUAACUCACUUGAAGGUAAGAUACCAUCAGAAAUGGGCAGUAUGCAGAGUUUGGUAACACUUGAUCUUUCUCACAACAAUCUUUCGGGUUCCAUACCAUCAAGUUUCAAAGAUAUGCAUGGCUUGUCGUAUGUUGACAUAUCCUACAAUCACUUCGAAGGUCCCCUUCCUAACAUCAGUGCAUUUCGAGAAGCUCCGGCAGAAAGAUUAAAAGGGAACAAAGGAUUGUGUGGCAAAGUUGGAGCUCUGCUGCCACCCUGCAAUGCACAUGGGUCAAAAAAUGACCACAAGGUCAUAUUCUCUGUUCUAGUAGUAUUUGUACUUCUAUUUGCUCUCUUUACAAUUGUCUUUGUAAUAGUGCAAAGAAAGAAAAAGCAUCAAGAUACUAAACAAAACCACAUGCAUGGAGAAAUUUCAUUUUCGGUUUUAAAUUUUGAUGGAAAAUCAAUGUAUGAGGAAAUUAUAAGGGCAACCGAAGAUUUUGAUUCCACAUAUUGCAUUGGGAAGGGAGGACAUGGAAGCGUCUACAGAGUGAAUUUGUCAUCUGGAGACAUAAUGGCCGUGAAGAAACUCCAUCUGCCAUGGGAUGACGAGACAGAAUUUCCGAAGGAGUUCUUGAAUGAAGUCAGGGCACUCACUGAGAUAAGACAUCGGAAUAUUGUGAAGCUCUAUGGUUUCUGCGCACAUAAACGACACUCAUUUUUGGUGUAUGAGUAUCUUGAAAGAGGUAGCUUGGCCACAAUGUUGAGCAAAGAUGAAAAAGCUAAAGAGUUAGGGUGGAGUAAAAGGGUGAAUAUUGUUAAAGGCUUAGCUCAUGCCUUGUCUUACAUGCACCACGAUUGCUUGCCACCGAUUGUACAUCGUGACAUCUCAAGCAAGAAUAUUUUGUUGGAUUCUGAAUAUGAGGCCUGUAUUUCAGACUUUGGCACUGCUAGGUUUUUAAAUCCAACUUCAACUAAUUGGACUGCCGCUGCAGGCACAUAUGGCUACAUGGCACCAGAGCUUGCUUACACAAUGGAAGUGAAUGAGAGCUGCGAUGUUUAUAGCUUUGGUGUGGUCACAUUGGAAAUAAUUAUGGGAAAGCAUCCUGGAGAUCUUUUCUCAUCUUUCUCAUCGGUCUUUUCAUCCUCCUCCUCCUCCUCAUCAUCUGCAUUACCAGCCCAUCAAAUACCAAUUGUGGAUGUUUUGGACCAACGCAUUUCCCCUCCUACGCAUCAAGUUGCAAGUGAAGUGAUCUCUCUUGUGAAGAUAGCAUUUUCAUGCUUGAAUUCUAGCCCAAAAUCUCGUCCAACAAUAAAACAAGUUUCUCAUUUCCUCUCAACUUAGAUGUUGCAUUUGUCGAAGCCAAUACAUAUGAUGACAUGUGGUGAAUUGCUUGCUCUUGAUCUGU